AAGUUAAUUUCAGAUAGAGGUCACAUGACACAAGCCCACCAAUCGCAAUCCCGUCAUCACCAACCUACCUCAAAAAAAUCCCUCCAAGUAUACUAGUACAAACUACUACUCUGCCACUCGCACAGUCCCCAAAAUGCCAGCCGACGAAUACUCUGUCGGCGGGGCGGGCAAGCUCAAACUAAAAGGCUCUAAAGUAAAUGACGGCCGCAUAGAAAAAAAGAAGAAGAAAUCCAAGAAAACCAACCCAGAACCCAGCACCCAGCAGAAAGAAGGUAGUGAAUCUGCGCCCGCCGCAGCAUCAGACGAGAGGAAGAGUCCUGAACCGCCUGCGAAGGAUGGAUCUGGAUCUGAGGCUGUCUCUGGUGUCGGCAAGACAGAGGCGGAGAGGAAGCAUGAGGAGAUGAGGAGGAAGAGGUUACAAGAGCGUCUCAAACGAGAAGGGGUCAAAACGCAUAAAGAGCGAGUGGAGGAGUUGAACAAGUACCUCAGUCGAUUGAGCGAACAUCAUGAUAUGCCGAAGAUUGGGCCCGGUUGAGGUUUCGUUUCUGUGUUUUCUUUUCUUUUUUGCUUGUCUUUGUUUAGGAUCGGGUGUGAUUGUCUGGGUCUUUUGUAGGGUUUGUUUCAGUUUACUAUGGUUUGUUUGCCUGUGUCAAGAGUCAAAGUCGGAAUCAGAAUCAGAAUCAGGAUCUCAUGCAUCCCACUCCGUACACCUUUUUUUCUCAUGUGCUUUUUUUUUUCACGUCCGUCACGAUGUAACUUGAGCCU